CGCCGAGUAUCGUUCCCAUCGCUAUUUCGACGAGGACUUCGGGUAUGGGAGGAAAGAGCGCGGUGUGGAUACUGCACUCCGCGGCCCACCCACGUUACGAUAUAAUGGGCAAUUAAUGGCCGGUGGACUGGCCGAUCCACGCUGAAUGCCAAUCGGCCACGGGAAGCGCCACGCUGGACGAGGCCUGUUGUUUAACCCUUUGCGCUCGCGCUCUGCCCGAACGCGCUCCAUAUGGCAACGCGAAUCGCCAAAGAGGUCUCUUCUGGCUAUAAUUAGAACGCUACCACUCCGCGUGUAAAGCGCAUUAAGUCCUUUUAGCGACGUCAAUUCAACCUUUAUCAUCGCUUCCCGUCUUCGAUUAUUUCGCACUUUCCCGUUGAAAAAUUUCCGCAUGACCAGCGGGUUUUUUUUCUCCUCUCUUCUCUCUUCGUUAAAAAAGGUCAUUAAGUCAGACAGUCGUUAUACGUAUCGCGAUAACGUCAGCGAGGAACCUUGCGCUAGCCUAGUUUCGGUCCUGUGAGACGGAACGCUAGCCUAGCGCGAGAGAAAAAGAGAGAGAAAACGUAUUCUUUACCUCUUAUCAUUUGUUAAUUAGGUCAAUGUCGCCACACGACGAUCCGUUGCUUUCUUUAACCAGUCUUAUUGCACUUGUUGACCAACAAAUUGAUAAACGAGCCAGGACGUCUCAAAGCUCUCGUUCAAUGCCACGUUAUUAUUCGCUCGCAAACGGUUUACUCGGGCUUCUUUCGAAAAGUCUUUCUAUUUUCAUCUAUGAUGGCUCGUGGAACUUUAUUAAAAUUUCAACAUUUAAGAAGCACAAUAAAAGAGAAUAUGCUCAAGGCGAAAACAAACAAACGGCUGCCGCAAUGCCUUCGACGUUAAUGGCGGAUGGCACAAUGGUGUUGCAAUACCGGAGGAUUAUGCAACAAUCAACGCUCUUAUAAUACGCGCAUACCGCA